AUGUACACUUUAAAGGGUAUUUUUCCUGAACCCAAAAAGGAACAAAAAAAGAACUUUAUAAGAGAAAAUAUGAAACAAUUAAAAUUUAUCCAAGGCAAACCACCAAAGGAUCCCAAGUUUACUUUGAAAACUGGACAACCAACAAGAUUUCCUAACUCACUAGCUGCAUCAGCAACUUUAGCCCAAGUGAAAUCUUCUCCAUCCAGUAAAAGUGGUAAAGUGACACUAAAUGUUGGUAAAAACAGUGCAUCCAGUUGCCGAAGGAGACAGGAUAUCAGGAUUAAGAAAGGAGAUAUGGCUGAGUUUUUAAAAAGAAAAGAGUUAAGGCAAUCACAUGCCCUAGAGGAUACCGAUGACGAGGUCAGAUCCACUGAUAGUUCUGGGCGCCUACGAGACAUUGGUUGCCAAACCAUUGAAACAAAUCUUUCCCAGCGACUCGAGAGUGCUAAGUUAACCAUGUUAUACCCUAAAGAUGAAGAUAAUGAGGCUAAAAUAAAGGCAAGUGGUGACAGUGGUAGAACCAAGAGCCCCUCUUCUUUGGCUCAUACACCUCGAAGAGCUGGAGAUGAUUUGAUAGAUGAAAGGCAUCGCUCUAAACUUAAUUCUAUUCUAGAGAAGAAAGACAAUAAGGAUCCCUAUCUACCAUCAGGAUAUCAAAAAGGAGUUUUGCCAAAGUAUCUCCGUGAGCGAAAAGAACAGACUGCCAAAGAGCAAGAGACAGUUACGGUUGAAGACGACCAUGUCAUCUGCCCGCCUGGUCAUGUCACAUUGCCUGAUAACGAAAGGAAAGAAACCCUUCGUAUGUUGCGAAACAGUUUUGCAGAACUUGUUAGCGAAUUAAACAAGAUGCCAGUGAAAACAGAUACACUCAGAAUGAGAAAUAGGAAAAUGGAAUUGGAAAAGCAACUGGCAAAAUUGGAGGAGGGCAUCAAAGUGUUUUCAAGACCAAAGGUUUUUGUUAAGAUUGGGGAGUAA